CGCCGGAGCUUCCCGGUGAGUGAGGCCGGGAGCGGAACUGGGGACUGGGGCAGCGGUGCUCCCGCGCAUCCCCGCGGCUUCGCUUCUCAACCGGGCCAGGGAGUGGGACGCCGGCGUGCAGCUGCACCGUGGGAACGGGUUUCCAGUGUGUCUGGCCCUGCUGUGUGUGAUGGUUUGUGAGUACCUGGAUCUGAGCCUGAGCCUUCAAACCAGCCAGCUAAAAGGCAGUGGAGCAAAAUGUUUUUAACAACAGUAUUACUGCGGAAGGGAAUUCCUGGAAAACAAUGGAUUGGGAAGUACAGGCGACCAAGACAGGUUACCAUUUCGAUGAAGCAAGCAAUGGUCCGAAGGUUGGAAAUUGAAGCAGAGAAUGAAUAUUGGCUCAGCCAGCCUUACCUGACACAGGAACAGGAAUACAAACACAACUCGGAAGAGAGACGUGCCAAGUGGGAAGCUUUCAAAAGCCUGAAACAAGCCAAGUUUCCUGAGCACAGAUACAUCAGUGAUCAUUUAAACCACUUAAAUGUGACAAAGAAGUGGACAUGUUGAAUAAUACAGCAUAUUUAUAUUUGUCACAUGUCGUGCACUACCCUGGGGUCUGCUCUCAUACCUGUUAUGGUAUUUCGCUGUAAUUAGGGUGGGUGACAAAUAAGAUGUUGCUGUGGUGUACAAAAUACUACAUUAAAAGUAGUCCCCUGGAA